CCGGCAGCCGGUUACCGAUUCUACGAAAGAUACAAGUAUACAGGGUGCCACAGGGUACUCCAAAUGCAGCCUUGUGAUAUUCGUCUUAAUAAAUCUAGUUUUUGCAUUAUUGCAUUAGUUUUUUCUCCACCUAUCAGAUAUUAAUUGAUAUUUCGAAAACUAUGUUAUUCAAAUGACUCGAAACCAAAAGAAAUGGCAAGGGAUUUCUUGUAAUUCGAAUCGUCGACUUCAUUUUGGGGUUAGAAGAAGAGAAAGAUUCCCUAUAGUUUGUGGAAUGCAUCUUGUAUUACCACAGUUGUUUAACGAUAGUAUUUUUCACGUGUAACUAUACAAAACGUGUGAGUUUUAAUAAAUAACCCGUUGAGAAUGGCAACAGAACGUCAAUGUAGUUAUGAAGAAAUUUUGAAGGCAUAUCCGGAGAUGACACUUGUUUCAGAAUCGCCAGUAACAUGGCAAGGCUUUCUAGUUAUCUCGUCUUCUAUGUAUCCUGCUGGUUAUGCUAGACGUCUUCGAAUGAAGGUAAAACUAGUGGUGCCUAAUUAUCCAUCAUUCUGCAAUGCAGAAAUUAGUUUUGGCAGGCACAUUGCUUUUCUGCGAAACAAACGUUUUAGUAGAGAAGUAAAGAAGGCAAUAAGGUCUGCGCAAACAAUAGUAUCAUUUUUAACGCAAUUAGAGUCGCUCAUUCUUAAAUAUAUACAUUAUACAGAUACUAAAAUUAAUGUGUACGACUUUGAAUCCACAAGAGAGUUUCUACAAGAUAUAAAGGCAGCUCUUCAGAAUCCAUCUGAUGUGCAAUUGUCAUGUGAUCGGAAUCUAAGUACUAUCAAGUUAUCUUUAAGAGGAGUGUCCCUUACAUUGCAAAGAUGUAAAGAUGUUGGAGUUUGCUGGAAAAUAGUAUCUUCCGACAUACCUGCUAUUCCAACGUUUGAAGGUUUUGAGAGAAACUUAACUAAUUUGAGCAUUGCGAUGACUAAGUUUAAAUGGCAAGUGGAAUUAUUAGAGAGAGUAUGGGAACAAUUAAAAGAAAUUGACGAGAAUUGUUGGGUAAUUGAUCCACCGGAACCAAACAAAAGUCAUGUACACAGAUGCAUUCAUUUGUCACAAUCUAUAUCUGUGACAAUUACAAUAGAUCCGCUGAAGCCUACUGCUUUGCCGACAAUUAAAUUCUUAGGCAGUGACAACGAGGUGAAAAGACUAAGUGACGAUGUUUCUAAUAAUAUUCUUAAAUGGAAUGAAGAUGACAGUGUUUUAGAAAAUCUGAAGAUGUUGUUAAAUAUGUAUGAAUUUCCCGAGCAGCAGGACAGCUUGGAUGAUUCCAAAGGCAUUAUUGGUAAUCGUGAGUGUGGUAUAUGCUUCUCUGAAAAAUCAGAGGCCGAUGAAUUGCCGAAUAAGAUGUGCAAUAACGAAAAAUGCAUGAAACAUUUUCAUUCAGCAUGUUUAUCGAGGUGGUUGCAAACAAACGCUACGAAUCAAGUUGUGUUCCAUCAUAUCCAUGGCAAAUGCCCGCAUUGCAAGGAAAACAUUUCCUGUCCCAUUGAAUGAUACAGGUAGGUAUUGACUCAAUCCCCUAAACUUUAAACAUUCACUCAAAUAUAUAUACAUGUGUAUAAUUCAUAUCUCGAGACCAUUCUUUCAUGGACUGAUUGAACUCUGAAGUUCCGCAUAUUAAAAUUAAUGUUGUCUCUGUAUCAUUAGAUUGAAUAUAAUCAGUGACAAGUGCUUUGCUUAAACGGCCAGCGUUUAUAUUAAAACCAUGAAGGUUGACUGUCUCGUCUGAAACAAUUGUUUUAAAAUAUUAAGUAUUGUUUAUAUAUAAUUAAACAUACUUAUAUAUAAUUAAACACAAAUUGUUCAUGUUUCAAACAUUAUUAUGUAAACAAAUUAUACUUCAAAUGCAAUUAUAUCAUAGGACAUUCUAUGUAUAUAAUUUCAAUUAACAUCUUAAGUUUUCUUGUACCAUGUCACAAUAUUACGUACCAUUUAGUUGAGAUAACUGUAAUGUACAUUUAAAAUUCCAAUAAUCUGCUAAAUGCAUUAAUUCUUUUUUCAAA